AUGAGUCUGGAUACUACCAAUAGUUCAAUUUUGGAUGACGGUAGAAAUGGUCCUAGGUCGGCUGACACUGAUAUGACCUCACCUGACUUCCCUUCAGGCACGUUUGUGCCUUUCAGCGCUGCCGACGUUGGAGUCAAGGAUGGUCGGAGGAGUUUCAUUGCCACCAACACCUCCAUCCCUCCUAUGCAUAACUUCCCUGUCCGCUCCUCCUCGACGACUGAAACUCGUCAUAAAUCUGCGCCCUUGUCACCUCGACGAAGUUUGACGACUCAUCAUUCGGGCCUCUCCAGUGAUCGUCUUUCUGGUGCCCCACGUCGAACUGACUCCAUGUCUUCAUCUAAUCCCCCUUCAAGACAUGCCUCCCUGCGGUCUGGGACUCCAGUGGGACGUCUGGGAUAUCCAAAUUCAGCCCCGUCCUGGCGAUCAUCGGGCUCUCACAUGCCCUUUGGACCACAUGUCAAUCAAUUCCAAAGCUGUACGGACUACGAGAAUGAUGAAAUAGUGAACGACCCAUUCUACGUUGGCUCACCUGGGGGUGGGACUCUGUUCCAACCGGUCAGAUCACCAGGCAACGCAGGCAAGACCGCUAAGCCACCAAGUCCGAUGCAACGUACCAGUCUCUCCCUAAAGGGCAAUCCUCCCUCCGCACUCAAGGGUGGAAAUCCUCAACGCAAGGGUCACCGACGCCAAAACUGCGUCCGUAUUUCUAUCCAUCCACCCAUGACGUUUGGGUCAUCGACGUUUUCUCCUACCGUCGAAGAAGAACCAGAAGACUUCGACAAAAUGGAGGAGCUGGAUCUGCGUGAGUCCGCAAUCAACAACCCACCAAAACCCUUGCCUUCGCUGCCACCAACUCCACCGUCUCCUCUGUCCUCUUCAAGGCGCAGCAAGUACGGCAGUCGACAUGGCAAGCCCGGACUAGGCUCUCUCGGACCCCUAGUCGAGGAGCCGCAGCUCCAAAUGUAUGACGACGACAGUCCUUGCAAGAAGAGGAGCCGUGCUCCUUCUGCAAUGGCUGGCAAUAAGCUUCCAUUCGAAGACAAUCGCGCUCUCCCUGAACUUUUCACAUCCCUCCCUGUGUCUCACGGCAACUCUCUCACUCACACUCCCUCUUCCGAAAAAGUACCACCUGUAUGGGAGCUGUCCGAUACUCCAUUGCCAUCACAUGAGAACUCCCCUGCCAUGGGUAGCCCACGACGCUCAGCGGUAAAGGGGCCUCGCAGCCAACCCGGCGCCAUUCCAGCUCGCAGACAGACGACUUGCGCCCCCUUAACCUCCUCCCAUCAUACAGAUAGUCCUUUGGCCUCGCCCAACCGCCUCCCUCUUGUCAUGAUGACUGGCGCAGAUCCGCAGACUCACUUCAACGCACGAAAACGGAUGCUCCAAAUCGCUCAUCCCGGCGAGAUCGUGUCUCAGUGUCUAGCAUGGACAACGGACUUGGUCCCAUUGGCGGGUCUGCACUCUACGGCUCCCGCCGGUCCUCAAUGGUCAAAGAUCGUGUUACUAUCUUCGAGGAUUCCAACCAGACUAUCUCCCCUUUCAAGACCUCCGUGCAGGCCCCGAUUGGAUCAUUCCCGCACGCCUGAGUCCUCCCCCACCCGUGACAAGAACAGUGUUCCCCGUUCCACGCCAACCAACCAACAAUUACCACCUCAUAUGUCGAGCCACCAUGCACCCCCGACUCCUACUUCUCCCCGUCGAGGGAUGACUACUCCAACGGGCAAGGGUCUUGGACUUGGAAUUGGAACUGCCACACCUGCUAGCCUUUACGACGGCGAUGGGUUCCUACGGGAAUGA